GGGGAUGAUAAUGCAGUGUUUAUGGUAUCGAUUUUAGGAUUAAAUUAAUGCUUAUGUAUGGUACCAUGAAUACUGGCACAUAACAUAAUAGAUACUCAAGAAAAAAAAAAUGUUAGUUCUGACUCCCUACUCAGCCUCACGUGUUCUGAAGCUUCCAUUUGGUGGACUGACUUUGUCAGACUUUGCCCCGUUUGCUUAGUGGAGAAUCUUUGCUUAUUGGUGUGGCCAGUGUGGUCCUGUUAAUGUUGUACCUUAGGGAAUAAAGCAAGUUAAAGGAACUCAGACUCUUUCGGAGGAAGUACAGGAAAAGAAGGUGAGAAGGUAGAGGGGAAGAACUUCACUGGGGCCCUUGGCAAAAUAAAGGAAAAAAAAUAUCAGUAUAAUUAUUAUGUUGGUCUCAAUAGCUCUGCCUGUAGAUGUUUGAAUUGGGUACUAGCAGGGCAUUCGGGAAAGCUAAGGACUCAGAAACUCUCCAUAUGCAUCAUUAAACUGAAAAUUUGCUACCAAGCAAAAGGUUCUCUGAUGAUGCUUGGGAGCCAGGGGUCAAGAAGCCCCAUGCCACUUCAGGCUUUCUGUCUGCCGGCUGCUGGAAGCUCCUUCCACAGCACUUUUGAGACUGCAGCAUGGUCACGCGGAGAAGCUACACUGGGAACCAGGGGAAGGAUCUGAAGGACACCGUAAGAUGCUAGGCAGUCAUUGCCUCCUGUUCCUGCCUUGUGUUUUUGAGUGUUGAAUUCAGAAAGAGUAUCUGGAUGCAAUCGUAAAAGAAUCGCUUUUAGCGUCCUGGAUCUUCCUGUGUCUCAUUGAGAAUAUUCCUGGAGGAAUGGAAGCCGGAAUGUCAGUGCUCCAGUACCUUUGAAAUUGCUGCACUGCAGCAUGCCAUCUUUCAUCUGUCUCUAUCUGUGUUCAAAGUCCCUCUUAGGAUUUGGAGAACAAUCAACCAUGACGACCGAAUCUGGCUCAGACUCGGAAUCCAAGCCGGAGCAGGAGGCCGAGCCCCAGGAGGCCGCGGCGGCGCAGGGGCCGGGGUCCGAACCCAGCAGCGAGGAACAGCACCAGGCCCUAGAGCAAUUCGAGGGCGCGGCGCACAGCACCCCUGUGAGGAAGGAGGUCACUGACAAGGAACGGGAGUUCGCUGCUGGGGCUGCAAAACAGCUCGAAUAUCAGCAAUUGGAAGACGAUAAACUUUCUCAGAAAUCAUCUAGCAGUAAACUAUCUCGAUCUCCAUUAAAGAUUGUCAAAAAGCCUAAAAGCAUGCAGUGCAAAGUGAUACUUCUGGAUGGAUCAGAAUAUACCUGUGAUGUGGAGAAACGCUCCAGAGGCCAGGUGCUGUUUGAUAAAGUAUGUGAACACCUGAAUUUGCUAGAAAAAGACUAUUUUGGGCUUACAUAUCGAGAUGCUGAAAACCAGAAGAAUUGGCUGGACCCCGCUAAGGAAAUAAAAAAACAGAUUCGAAGUGGUGCUUGGCACUUUUCAUUUAAUGUGAAAUUUUACCCACCAGACCCCUCCCAGCUCUCCGAAGAUAUCACCAGAUACUACCUCUGCCUCCAAUUGCGAGAUGACAUCGUGUCUGGAAGGCUGCCCUGCUCCUUUGUCACCCUGGCCCUGCUGGGCUCCUACACUGUCCAGUCUGAACUUGGAGACUAUGACCCAGAUGAGUGUGGGAAUGAUUACAUUAGUGAGUUCCGCUUUGCGCCAAACCACACAAAAGAACUGGAAGAUAAAGUGAUCGAGCUGCACAAGAGCCACAGAGGAAUGACGCCAGCAGAAGCAGAGAUGCAUUUCUUAGAAAAUGCCAAAAAACUGUCCAUGUAUGGGGUUGAUUUACAUCAUGCCAAGGAUUCUGAAGGAGUAGAAAUUAUGUUAGGAGUUUGUGCAAGUGGUCUGUUGAUAUAUCGUGACCGACUGAGAAUCAACAGAUUUGCCUGGCCUAAGGUUCUAAAAAUUUCGUACAAACGAAACAACUUUUACAUUAAGAUCCGGCCGGGAGAGUUUGAACAAUUUGAAAGCACCAUUGGGUUUAAGCUGCCAAACCAUCGAGCCGCCAAGCGUUUAUGGAAAGUAUGUGUUGAACAUCAUACAUUUUUCAGACUGUUGUUACCGGAAGCACCUCCAAAGAAAUUCCUGACCUUGGGCUCCAAGUUUCGUUAUAGUGGCAGGACACAAGCCCAAACAAGGAGAGCCAGUGCGUUGAUAGAUCGCCCCGCCCCUUACUUCGAACGCUCGUCCAGCAAACGCUAUACCAUGUCUCGCAGCUUGGAUGGAGCGUCAGUGAAUGAAAACCAUGAAAUAUACAUGAAGGAUUCUGUGUCUGCUGCAGAGGUUGGUACUGGCCAGUACGCCACAACAAAGGGCAUCUCUCAGACCAACUUGAUCACCACUGUGACUCCGGAGAAAAAGGCCGAGGAGGAACGGGACGAGGAAGAGGACAGACGAAAAAAAGCAGAAGAAGUCACGCCGGUUGCGGCAGUACGCCACGAGGGAAAGUCACCUGGGCUUGGCACUGACUCAUGUCCCCCGUCCCCCCCAUCAGCCCAUCAUCCCCCUGCAUCCCCCCCAGAGCUCCGUAGGAGGUGUAAGGAGAAUGAGCACCAACCCCCAGGUUUGGAGCCGGCCAAAGGCACCGUGCGUGUGCACGGAGAGCCCACCUUGGACUCUGACCACAAAGGGAAGCCAUCCUUAGGGGACCAAGAUGUGGCUUUUAGCUACAAACAGCAAACUGGCAAAGGGACCACCCUGUUUUCCUUCUCCUUGCAGCUCCCGGAGUCGUUCCCUUCUCUUCUAGAUGACGAUGGGUACCUCUCUUUCCCCAACCUGUCGGAAACCAACCUCCUCCCCCAGAGCCUGCAGCAUUACCUCCCGAUUCGCUCACCCUCCCUUGUGCCCUGUUUCCUCUUCAUUUUUUUCUUUCUGCUCUCCGCCUCCUUCUCAGUGCCAUAUGCCCUCACUCUCUCCUUCCCUCUGGCUAUGUGCCUCUGCUACCUGGAGCCCAAGGCGGCCUCCUUGAGUGCCUCACUAGACAAUGACCCGAGUGACAGUUCAGAGGAAGAGACCGACAGUGAGCGCACGGACACCGCGGCCGACGGGGAGACGACUGCCACUGAGUCGGACCAGGAGGAAGAUGCAGAGCUCAAGGCACAGAAUAGUCUGAUUAAGCGAAUAAAGGGUGAAAAUGUGUAUGUCAAACAUAGUAAUCUUAUGUUAGAGGAGCUAGAUAAAACUCAAGAUGACCUGAUGAAACAUCAGACCAAUAUUAGUGAGCUGAAAAGAACCUUUUUAGAAACCUCCACAGACACUGCCAUCACGAAUGAAUGGGAAAAGAGGCUUUCUACUUCCCCGGUGCGACUAGCUGCCAGGCAGGAGGACGCGCCCAUGAUCGAACCACUGGUCCCUGAAGAGACCAAAGAAGAAAGAGAAAUUUCUGAAAAAGUUAUAUUUUUGCAACAAGGAAGCUCUCCAUUCCUUGAGUCUCAGACUAAACAGUCUUCUGCUGAAAAGCUCAUGGAUGGCUCUGAAAUCUUCAGUUUGUUAGAGUCUGCGAGAAAACCAACAGAAUUCAUAGGAGGGGUCACUUCUUCUUCUCAAAGCUGGGUUCAGAAAACGGAAAUCAAGACGGGGUCCAGCAAGAUAGAGACGGAAACAAGCCAGCGCCCCCAGCCACUUAGCACCGAGAAGGUUGUGCAGGAAACCGUGUUGGUGGAGGAAAGACAUGUGAUGAAUGUGCAUGCAAGUGGGGAUGCUUCUUACGUGGCUGGAGAUGACGUGGAUGCUGCAGCCCAGGCAGCAUCUGCUGAUGCUUCUAGCUUGAAAGGGAAGGAGGGCUCUGCUCUGACGGAGGGGGCUAAGGAGGAGAAGGGGGAGGUGGCCGAUAGAGCUGUCCUCGAGCCUGAGGAGACGGCCGCUGCUUCCCACGAGCCAGAGGAGGAGCAGAGCGCAACAAUCCACGUUUCUGAAACUUGGGAACAGAAACCUCAUUUUGAGUCAUCAACUGUGAAGACAGAAACCAUCAGUUUUGGCAGUGUUUCACCAGGAGGAGUAAAGCUAGAAAUUUCUACCAAGGAAGUGCCAGUAGUUCAUACAGAAACAAAAACCAUCACAUAUGAAUCAUCACAGGUUGAUGCUGGUGCUGAUUUGGAGCCAGGUGUGCUGAUGAGUGCGCAGACGAUCACAUCCGAAACCACCAGUACCACGACCACCACCCACAUCACCAAAACUGUGAAAGGAGGCAUUUCAGAGACGAGGAUUGAGAAGCGGAUAGUCAUCACAGGGGAUGCAGACAUUGACCAUGACCAGGCGCUGGCUCAGGCAAUUAAAGAGGCCAAAGAGCAGCACCCUGACAUGUCAGUGACCAAAGUAGUGGUCCAUAAAGAGACAGAGAUCACACCGGAAGAUGGAGAGGAUUGACCCCAGGAAUAACUUAGCCUGCACAUGAAUCCAGUCAUGCAAACCAUUAGGAAAACCAGAGCCUAUAUGGAGUUCCCUCUUCUAACCCAACUGACUUGUAUCUGCCCAUGGAAAAUUUCAAUCCAGAAGAACUGACCUUGACCAUUAAUAAAGACACUGGCAGAGCGAUCUUCCCAUAAUAAAGCAAUCCGAAUCAGCAUCACAAAACUGAUAUUGCAUGAAGCAACGAUAAAAUUACAAAAGAGUAGCAUUUUUAAUUUCCACCAAGUGUCUAAGUUUUCAGCUAUACCUGCACGUUCAUAACCGACAAUAUAAACCGUGAUCUCAUGUAACACAUAAACAAUUCAUGCCUCUCAUAGUUUAUUAUUAAAGUCUAAACAAAAUUGCAAUUUCUUAGGUGACAGAUCUUUUGUUUACAGACAAAUGAAAAUUACCCUAAAAUGCUAGGAGCUGUCUAGGUCCGAUGUGUCAGGUUUAUCCCAGAUUAGAUGUGCCAAUAACCGAGUUUAUUCAGUAAACAACUUGAAUCUUGUACUUGUUUCACCUGGUUUUAUUACUCUCACCCAUACACAGCAAUGACUCUCAAUCCUCUGGAAAUAUUUAAUGCUUACAACCCUGCUUUGUGUAUCUAAUUUAAUUCGUUAUAAGGUAGUACUGAUUUUAGCACAUUAAUGUGAUUUCUUCCUUGUUCGCGUUGGUCUGCGUCCAACCUGGAAAGCUUCCAAGAGUUCCCUAACGAGUCCUAAAUAUGUAAAUUGUCAUUGUUUGGGGAAGAAAACCUGUUUUUGUUGGUUUACAAUAUUAUGAAAUUUCACUCCAGAAAAAUCUGUUGGGCUUCUGUUGCUUUGUUUUCUUUCUUCGUUUCUUCUUCCUUGUGUUUUUUACGUUGAUUUUUCUUCUUUUACUUGAAAAAAAAAGAAGUGUUUUAUUUCCAAAUCUGGUCCAUAUUUGCAGUCUAGUUCAGAGCCAAGCCUUAAAUUGUACAGAAUUUCCACUGUAAUUAAACUAUUUAGUGUUGAGUUAUAAAUAGCCUUCAAAAAGAUAUAUUCUCCAUUACACUGUCAACUGCAUCACACAGCCCAUGGUGAAUGUAUGUUCCUGCAUAGCAAAAUAAAAAUGGUAAAUGCAUUUAAAGCUC